CGGAGGGCAGAUACGCGGGUCUACGCCGGGGCAUCCCAAAAUCAGGACCCAGCACAGAACUGUCAGACGACGCCAGUUCUGGGGGUUGACAGAUAACUCAAAGGCUCGCCGGCUGGAAAACGCCCGCGGGGAAGAGAAAAUGAAGGAAUUCCAAUCACGUUUGGAACCUGCUUGCCGAUUGAAGGUGUGAGCACAGCCCUAUCUAAAAGGAGGUUAAGUUUCAGUCAAAAGCUGCAAUUUCAGCAAUGAGGUGCUCUUCCUCAAAGGAAUCUUUGUGAAAGCACUUAAUUUGAUUUGGAGAUGUCUACAGCCACAGGGGAAGUUCUUGUUCAGGUUGAAUAUAACUAUCAAUACACAGCCAGAGAUGGGAGACUCAUCUCUAUUAAACAAAAUGAGAAAUAUAUUCUCCUUUCAAGAACCAAUGACCACUGGUGGCAUGUCAAGAAGGAUGACCAAUCCAAACCAUUCUACUUGCCAGCACAUUACGUGAGGGAAUUGACUUCAGAAAGGGCAGUUUCCCCUGGAGUUCCGUCCCUGGUUGGACCUGAUGCUACGGAAAACCAAAAUAGUCGAGAGAUAAGCAAGACCCAAAGUGUCUUUAAAAACCAUUGUAAUGUUGGGAAAGAUCAACUGUUUCACCAAGAUGAACAAGGGCACAAUGACAACAAUUCUGAUCCAAUCUUGGAGAAAGAAAACCAGCCUAACUUAAACCCUACUAAACCCAAGGAUCCUUCAUUGAAUCAACUGGCCAAUGAUAGCCCUCCUACACUUCGUGGCUCAAAUCCUUCACAACACUCUUCGGUGCCACCAAACUUGACAGCGUGUUACAGCGAAGUGGCCAAAGCCUUUGAGAGGAACAAAGAAUCCAAUAGUAAAAGGUUCACCACUACCAAUGCACCAAAAAGGCUAAGUUCCACAGUCAGAGUCCGUGCCAAACAGCAAGAUAACUUUGCACACAGACUUAGUCUAAUAGAAAAGCUCCAGCCAGCACUGCCGAUAUUUAAUCCAGAAGGCCUUGAUCAUUACCUUGGACUCAAUAAGGCAAAAGAAAUUAGCCUUUCAGAAAAGGUCUAUCCUCUUCAACGCACCAGCUUUAGCCAGGGAGCCAAUUCUAAAAGAUAUUCUGCUGUGGAAAUUGGUGCUGUGAUAUUGGGACAUCCAAAGCUCAUGGAAACAAAGAAAUCUUCCCUUCCUGAAGAACAAUUUUCUGAUUCUGAAAAUACUUAUGAAUCAAUACCAGACCUACCAAAGCCAAAGACUAAAUCACGAAAGGAAGAGCAUCACGAUACACCAAAGGUUUUCAAUAAGAAAUCUGAGGCAGUGUAUCAGAACGUUGCACAGCUGAAGCAGGAGUUAGCAGAGGAACAAUCAGUUCCCAGCACUGGCUUAACCAAUCAGCAGGAAGAAUGGGAAACACAUACUGACCAAGCGAGUGGGCAGCCUUUCUACUACAACCCGGUGACUGGAGAGACGACCUGGGACUGUCCGUUCGAUACCCCGGACAGCAGGGAGCAGCAAGCCCCACCUUCUCGCAGUUCCAGCAUAAGCAUUCCCUCGGCAGAAUGGGAAUCACACUUUGAUGAAGUCAGUGGUCAACCCUACUACUAUAAUCCAGCAACUGGGGAGACCACGUGGGAGCUACCGGGACAAGAGGCAGAGACGAUGGAGCGUGAGGAUACUCUCCGAGACCAGAGGCCUCCCACUCCAGAAAAAGAUUACCCAGAAUUUAUUGAGGAGAGUCCUCCUGCAUACCAGGGUCAUCGGCGGCAGCCCUCGAACUGGUCACAGGAGGAAUACAGUGAGCCACAGUCGCCAGUGGAUACACCUAUAUACCAGUCGGUUGAUCCAACUCCCCCGGGCUGGUCCCUUGGGUUGGAUCAAGAAGGGCAGAUGCUUUAUACAAGUGAAGUUACCCAAGAAAAAUGGAUCAGGCACGUGGACAGCAAUGGGAAGUUUUAUUAUUAUAAUCCAGAUGAAGACAAAUCAGAAUGGGAACUUCCACAGUACGAAGCUCCCUCAAGUCGACAUAAUGCAGGAAACGGAAUCGACCAAGAAGGAAAUGUAGUUUUUUCAAACUGGCGCCAUAGCCAAUCACUGAAAAAUCUUCCACCGUUACGCUCUGACAUCGAGGAGAAGGCUUCAUUUCCUACCCACAGGCGAAAUGCGUCUGAUUUUAGUGCUGAGCUUGCACUUGGGCACCGUGUUGAAAUCCUGCUCCCUCACUCCCAAUCACUGGAUAAAGCUGGAAUUCUAAACAAAGCCAAGGUGGCAGAUAACGGGAAGCGCAUCAGGAAGAACUGGGCAUCCUCCUGGACUGUUCUGCAGGGAGGAAUACUGACAUUUUACAAAGAUCCCAAGAAUCAGUCUGCAGGGAGCCUGAAACAGGCAAUUGGCCAGAUUGUACCUGAAUAUACAGUUGAACUGAAAGGAGCAACAAUUGGAUGGGCAGGAAAGGACAAAUCAAGCAAAAAGAAUGUGUUAGAGUUGAAAACGAGAAGGGGUUCAGAGUACCUCAUACAAUAUGAUACAGAGUCUGUCAUUGGGGACUGGUACAAGACGAUCAAUGAGAGUAUCAUUCAAAUGUUGGACCCAGUGAGCACAGAUGAAGUUGAUUCUGCUUAUGACAUAGCUGUUCCUGAGAGGAUCAACAACAAAGAGAAGGAUGAGAAACGAAAUCGCUCUGUCUCGAAGAACCCUGUGGUUAACGCUGCUGAAACUGCAGACACCAAGAAGGUGAAAACCAAACUAAAAAAAUUCCUGCAGAGGAGACCCACGCUGCAGACGGUGAGGGAGAAGGGUUAUAUCCAAGACCAAGUAUUUGGCAGCAACCUGGUGGACCUGUGUCGGAGGGAGGGAACCACUGUGCCACACUUUGUACUGAAAUGCAUUCAAGCCGUAGAGAAUCGAGGUUUGGAUAUCGAUGGCUUGUACCGCGUCAGUGGGAAUCUGGCUGUCAUUCAGAAACUACGAUUCAAAAUCAAUCAUGAUGAGAAUGUGAAUCUCGAGGAAAGCCCGUGGGAUGAUGUUCACGUUAUCACAGGGGCUCUGAAACUCUUCUUCCGGGAGCUCUCUGAGCCACUCUUCCCUUUCAACUAUUUCGACAACUUUAUUGCUGCAAUCAAACUGGGAGAUCCUGCUCAGCGUUUGAAUUACAUGAAGGAUUUAAUCAGUUCACUCCCUGCACCCAACCAUGACACCAUGCAGGUUCUCUUCAGACACCUGUGCAGUGUGAUAGAUUGCCGCAACCAGAAUCGGAUGAGCUCUCAGAGUAUGGCAAUUGUGUUUGGCCCCACGCUUCUGAAACCUGAAGUAGAGACGGGAAACAUCACAAUCCACAUGGUCUACCAGAACCAAAUUGUAGAGUAUGUCCUUAACCAGUACCAGCAUCUUUUCAAUGAAAGCCAGGAUAUUAGAUGAGCAACAGUAUGAGUGAGCCAGAAUGUAUGUAUGUGUGUCUGUGUAUGCGUGUGUAUAUAAUGAAAUAAGACAGGUGUCUGCAUGCACUGGAUCCAGCAAACAUGGCCACUGGCAAAUAGAAGACUGUACUUCAGGAUAUGGCCGGUUUCAACUUCAAGAUAAGCUCAGGAAAGAAAUUUAUUCAAAGUUGGUCAAACACUGAAUGGAAGAAGUCUUUGGCCCUACUUCCAUGUAAAUAACCUUUUCCUUCUGUGGGAUGUCUCUGCUUUUCCAUUGAUCCAUUUUUUUUCUAAAAAAAAAACUGGUCAUUCCUUGUUUCUGGAUUCAGGAAGAGAUGCCGUGCUUACUUCAACAUCCUCCUGGGAGCCACUUCUGGAUAGUUUUCUCUGCAGCUUUCAUUCUACACUUGAUGGCGGCUCCUGGGACUCAACCCAACAGGAAGUGCUUGAAUCAACAUGUAACACUUUAACAUGUGCUUCUCCCUCUUGCUCAAGACAUCUUCAUUUGAGAUAUGAUGGCAGUAGUGAGGUUACUGUCAAAAACUGGUGAUGAUGUAUGUUCAUGAAGUUCUCUUUCUGCUUAUUGAGAUUGUACUUGAGUCAAUAUGUAUAAUUUUAAAAAAACAAUUGAAAUAGGACAAAAUUAACGCUGGAGAUUAAGUCAGACAUGAGCGGCUAGAACCCAAACAUGGAAUAGGUUUCCCAGUAUUGAUGAUUCAGAUAGUUAAGCAAGUGAAGGAGUACAAGAGCAGAUGUCUCUUCAAGAAUCUUGCAGUCACAUAAAUACUCAGCCUCUUCUGACCCUUAAACCAAAGAAGUAAGUUUACUCAAAUGAGAAAAUAACUGAUAAUAGGUGAAAAUGUACAAUUAAGAAUAGGCAUUGAGCAAUACUGGGCUUGAGGAACUGGGGCAGGGAAUGUAGCAAGGAAAGGUGUGUUUUGUUAACUCCAGUUAAUCAGCAAGAAUUUUAGUUUUCAAAGAUGGAAACUCAAAAGGCCAAAAUCCAUUGUGCAGAACACCAAGGAAUGUUGAAGUGAAGCAAAUGAACAGUGGUUUUAGAUUGCAGGAAAAGGGUUUUGGAUUGAGGAAUUCCAUCCUUGAGGUCCUGGAAAAGGAUCAAUUGGAGUAACAAAUUGUACAAUGCCACGGUCCUUUAUUCCAUGUUGUUGAACCCCAGUGCAGCUCACUUCCAGUAAUGCCAAUCAGAAAUGUAGUCUUAAUCUGCAUCUGACAUUAAAGUUGAUAAAGGCUAAUUGUCUGACUCGACAUUUCCAAUGAGGAGCAUUACACCAAGCAUUGAGAGUAUGAAUGCAUUCCCUUUGAUUUUAUUUCCAUUACGGUAGAACAAACUAUGAAUAUCAUGAAUGGAGUAUUGCUACUGGACAGUGAUAGGAGGAAUUGCUGGUGAGGUACACAGGGAGUCAAUGCCAUUGUAGGGCUGAAGGAUAAAAUUUUAUUCUAUAGCCACUUGCAUUAAACGUGCACUUUAACAGAGGCUGUGCAGGUACUUGGAGUGCUUCCAAAUUUCAGUUCCAUCGUGAAAGUGAAUUGCAGAAGUAGACAGCUAUUACUUUAUUGCUUGUUUAGCACAAGCAACUGAUGGCGAAUUUGUAUUUGUGUAUCAUCCACCAGCUUGCCAUAAACUGACAGUAUACAGAUGAGAAAAAGUUACAACAAAGAAUCCAAAGAGUGCAAAUGAGGAUAAGGACACAACCUGGAGAAAGAUGAGCAGAUUCAAAGAGGAAAGCAUCUUAAAUGGAAAAGGAGUGUAUGAUGGAGUGAUUUAGUAGAAGAAAUUUGGAAGGUUUUGCUGGAGUGAAUAUUUUUCUAUUGGCAGGAAAGUUGAGAAUGAAAGGACAUCGAUUUGAGAAAAUUUCCAAAAGAACCAGAUGGCAGAGGUGCAGUGUUUUUAAGUUUAAGUUUAGGCUUUUGUGUUGCCAUUGGAAACAAUUGUAGAAAUGGUAUCAAGCAUACACAGCAAAUGUACCAUGCGCGGUGUAAACUGAGGUGAGCAUUUGAGCAUAAAAAUAGGAUGUGUACUGGCUUGUAUCAGUAUUGUAAGUUAAUUAUAUGCAAGAACUCAUCUGCAGUGUCAGCAUUACUGUAAGAGACACCCUGUUAGGAUGCUUUCAAGAUGGUUCCAAACCAGCUCUGGUGAAGUGAGCUCACAGACGAGUGUGGUACUGAGUGUUCUGGACAGGGCAGGUCGCCGAGUGGAUAGAGUGUAGCUUUGAUCUUCUAUGCUCUGCAGAAACACAGUUCCAGAGAGUGGCUGCAGCCUUCACUGAAGCAUGGUUCCAGAAAGUGAUCGCACGCUGCACCUUGCCAAGUGGGAAUAAAGUAGAAACUACCCAGUCAUAGGGCGCAUUGUUUGGGGGUUUGAAUCAUGGGGUGAAGGGUCAUCCAAUAAGGAGAUAAAACAGCACACAAUGGCACAACUAGAGUAGAUAAGAUUCAAAGUUCAACAUAGCUGCUAUCUGCAGAAGAACUGAUAAUGCAAGUGGUAUUUUGUUAUCUUGUAUUUCAUUGUCAGUGUUUGUAGCUCCUGAUCUCUUCCCGGAGUGAGUUGCUGAUCAUUUACAACCAUCACAAGCAGAACAAAGCGUUUGUCGGCUGUAUGGCUGGAGGGGAUAAAUAAACUGAACACCUGGCAGUGGAAUGGAGAAGGAACACUUUUUGGCAACCGAGUGUAUCUCGGCACCCCAAUUCCCCACCAUCUGGGUCUCUACGUUAGCAGCAUUGGCCAGAGUCACUGGAGAUUGUUGUCGUCAUUUCCUCUCUCUCAGGGUAUCCAGGAGUGACUAGGAAGGGAGGUCUGAAAACAUUCACGUCAUUCCGUGGGAAUUCUUUAACUGAUGGCUGGAACUUUAACAAGUAUCCUGCUUAAUUCAGGGGUAUCUAAUUCCCAGCUUCCAGCUCACAAUAUAAUCUGACAUAAAAACAGAAAAUGCUCAAAUACUCAGCAGGUCAGGCAGCAUGUGCAGGUAGAGAAACAUAGUUAAUGUUUUGGGUUGGCAACCCUUUGUCAGAACUGGGAAAGAGAGAAAACAAGUUAGUUUUAAAUUGCA